AUGAGCUCUGUAUACCCGGCCUCCCCGGCUUAUGUUAACUGCAGCAGCAGAAACGGCAGCAGCAGCAGCAGCAGCAGCAGCAGCAGCAGCAGCAGCAGCAGGCCGAGCGGAGCAGCAGCAGAAGGAAAUGACGGGGGCACGGUGGUUGUUGUCCGGCGAGAUUUUCACUCUGCUGAUGCUCGGCGGCGGCACCGCGCUCAUACUUUCUUCGGCCAGAGAAACCUGGGGGAGUUUGGGUCUUUUGUGUAUCUUGUUAACCAGAUAUUUGGCGCCAGUAAACCCUAA